AAAUUCUGAUUGGUCCAUCAACAGGAAGUUAGCAGUUUCCCAAAAAUGUUUCUCUUAUAAAUACACUUGCGAUUAUGGCUGGCGCAGAAAUCGUUGGAACAAACAAGAAACACUGAAACACGCAACAACAACAACACCACAAGAUGAAGAAUAUUCUUGAUGCGGGCGAAGGCUAUGGCAAAAGACACGAAAUUUUCAAAAGAAGUUGUAACGAAAAAGAAGAAGUACUCAAGAUGUUACAAACUCACAUUCUGACUCGAAUCGAAAAGUUGAAUAAUUCAAGCGUUGAGAAGCAAUGCGAGUUGAAGAUUCUUAGUGUCGGAGGGGGAGAAGGUGACGUUGAUUUGAAAUUUGUGCAAAUCCUACUCGAGGAAUUGGAGAAACACAGCUCUGAUGAUCAAAACACGACGAUAUAUCUGCGAGUGGUUGAACCGAAUUCAUCUUCGUGCAAACAAUUCAGCGACGCCGUAAAAGCUCGUCGAGAUUUGCCAAUCCACGUCGACAUUCGAGGCCAAACUUUUGAAGAAUACAUUCAAAAUGAGCAAAACACAAGCACGACAUUUGACAUAAUACAAUUUAUUCACAGCAUUUACUUUGUUCAAGAGGAAAAAGCGAUUUCGUACUGUUUGGAAGAGCAAUUGAAAGAUAGGGGUUGUCUCUUCUUCGUGUAUUCCGAUGAGGCGAUAAUGACACAAGUGGCGCUUGAAAUGGCACCAGAGAAACGACCUAACGACAAGUUGGUGAACCUCGCCGAAAAAAUAGGCCCCAAAUUGAUUGAAAUCGUCGAGAAACGUGGCAGGAAGUAUGAAGUACAUUCACACGAACAUUCGUUUGAUGUGUCUGAAAUCUUCGUCGGAUCAGAGAGUGGUGACUUGCUUCUUGACUUCAUAACUCAAAAAGUCGACUUUCGCAAGAAUGCUGAUGCAAGUUUGGUUGAUAGAGUUCUGGCAGUGAUAAAAAACGAAAGCUUCACAAAAGAUGGAAAACACCUUUGCAUGAAAACUGAAACGCUGUUGGUCGUGAACAAAUAGAAUAUCGGAAUGAUGUUUUGCAAUAUAAACGAAAUAUAACGAACUUGCAAGUUCUUAUCUUGAUUUAACCCAUGUUUCAACUAAGAAUCAACUGAGAUUUUAAUUUUCGUUAAGUGCAAUGUGCGUUGUCACGUCGAAGUAUUAGAGGUAAUCCAUGACUUGCUAAAAAUAAAAGAUCCUUUAAAAAUUGCUUUAAUCUGAAAGGUCAGUGUUGUCGUUGAAACAGCGAACAACGAUAUUU